UUUUUAUGGAUUUUUUUCUUCAGUGAUCCCAAUUGACGUACUCAUGUGAGCUUUCAAAAAGUUUUUCAAAUUUUUUUUAAAAUGGUUUCGCGAGGUCAUAAAGACAGAAGGGGUGAACAUCAUACCGACAAGGAUCAUUACGUCAAGUACCGUUCAAUAGUGAGCAGCAUCAGUUUUGAUAACGACAACAAAUCAGAUUUCACUGUUAUGAUCAAAAACAAGUGGACUCACGUUGGUGAGAACAUUGUGCGCCUGCCAGCAAUUAGAAAAAAGUUUUCCCUAAUGAGCAAAGUGUUGAUCUCUGACAGAAAACAUGGCAUCAACAGCGUUGCCAUAUCCCCUAAAGGCAGAGUUGUAGCGAUAGGUCUUGACAAUGGAGAGGUACAACUACGAAGACUGUCAGUUAUAACCCAAAGCGAAAUAUCAACUGUUCUUCAAAAACCAAACAAAACCAACGAUAUGAACAACGCAGUGACCUGUGUGAGAUUCAUACCAAAUAUAGAAAAUAUAGUGCUAUAUUCUGACUUAUCCGGACAUAUAGAACUUGUACAUACCGACAAGAAAUGCAAGUACACUGUUGCUAAAGAGAAUGGUAAUCAGAUCAAUUCGAUAGAUGUGAAUUCGUCUGCUACAAGAAUUGCAAGUGGUGGCAAAGAUUCCUUGUUGAGACUUUACGAUGCUUACACUGGAAAAGUUGUAUCAGCCACUAUACCAAUUUGGAAACGACGUUUGGAUUCGGAUGACACUAAAUAUCACAAACUAAGGAUAUACUGCAUUAAAUUCGAUCCUGAAAACGCCAAUAUUUUCUUUUCUGGGGGAUUAGAUGGAUAUGUCAAGAUGUGGGACAUCAGACAAAGAUUGAAAUGUGUGAGAACAAUGCGAGGACCCUAUAUACGUGGAGAUGCUAUAGACCUCUGGGGAAACGUGCUACUCACUGGAUCUUGGCGAGCAUCGAAGAGCAUGGACCUGUGGGACAUUACAAGUGGUAACCACAUAGAAAACCUGGUACCUUCCAACAGAGCAUCGAGCUUAGAUGCAGAGUUCUACGAAUGCGUCAGAUUCUUCAAUGGCGGUAAAGAUGGUUCUGUGAUUCUCUGUGGCGGCAGUGGAACUGGCAGAUUUGAGGUUUACAAUUUGGUAGAAAGGAGAAUGGAUUUUGCUGUGAUUGUUCGAGAUACGGUCAAAACAAUAGAUAGUACGCUUUCGAGCAUAGUCUGCGCUGGCAUGGAUGGUAUAUGUAGAGUUGUGAGGUACAACAGGAUUGAAGAUAGGGAUUGACUUGUGUCAGUGCCCUCUAUGGUAGUCUCAAUAAAAGUAUUGCAAAUUC